AUGCGACUGCCGAGGUGUAGCUACAAACGAAGCACUACUUCCACUCGCACAGGCUGCCUAUCACAAGUGCCCAGCCGGGCGGGACUUUCCACUGUUCGGAGGGGGACAGGCGGAGGCGGCGGCGCAGCCCCAGCCGGUGCGGCAGUGGGCAGUAGCGGCGUGGGCGGGGGCGUGGGCGGCGGGCCCGGGACGAGCGUGAGCGGCAGCGGGCUGUGCCUGCCGCGGGCCAAGCGCUGCGACGGCUACUUCGACUGCCGCAACCGGCGCGACGAGGAGAACUGCCCCGCGGGCCACGGCGCCUCGUGCGCCCUCGACCAGUUCCGCUGCGCCGACGGCCAGCGCUGCAUCGACACGUCGCAGCGCUGCAACCACCGCAACGACUGCAGCGACAAGAGCGACGAGGAGAACUGCAACUUCCCGGCGUGCCACGUGGGCCAGUUCCGCUGCGCCAACGCGCUGUGCAUCCCGGCCAGCUUCCGCUGCGACGGCUACCGCGACUGCCUGGACGGCACGGACGAGCAGAACUGCUCGGCCAUCGCGUGCCCCGAGAACAAGUUCCUGUGCCCGCGCGGCAACGCCGACGGCAGCCCCCGCUGCAUCGCCCGCUCGCAGCUCUGCGACGGCAAGUACGACUGCAACGACACGGCCGACGAGGAGACCGCCUGCUCGAGAAGUAGCUGUCCUUCGUUGGGAUGCGAGUACAAGUGCCAAGCGUCGCUCACGGGCGGCGCGUGUUACUGUCCGGAAGGCCGCAAGAUCGCCAACGACAGCCGGACGUGCAUCGACCGGGACGAGUGCGCCGAGUGGGGCUACUGCGAGCAACUGUGCACCAACACUGACGGCUCUUACGAGUGCGCCUGCGCCAACGGUUACACCUUGCAAGACCGCAAGCAUUGCGUAGCACCCAACGCCAGCGCCCUGCAGCUGCUUUUCGCACACGAUCACGCAGUGUGGCGCAUGAACGCCCGUGGCGAACAUAAACAGCUUCUCACCAACGCCACGGGCGCCAGCGGCGUCGAUUUCCACUACGAGCGCGACCUGCUCUUCUGGUCAGAUGUGAAGACGCGCAAGGUUCACAGGCAAUCUCUUAUGGGUGAAGGUCAUCAAGCAACCCCAAUUGACAUAACUUUGCCAGCAACUUGGUCUCCUAUUGCAAUUGCAGUAGAUUGGAUUGGAGAUAAACUCUAUGUUGCGGAUUCCAUUGGGCAAAAAAUAGAUGUUUUUGAAAUAUCUCGUGAAGGAAAUGCAAUUGUGUUGGGAAGCAAUUUGACAAGUCCCUCUGACAUAGCCCUGGAUCCUACUGUAGGCUACAUGUUCAUUGCUGAUAGUAACCAAGUACUACGAGCUAAUAUGGAUGGUACUGGUGCUCGUGCUAUAGUCUCAGAGGCAGCUUAUAAAGCAUCAGGUGUUGCUGUUGAUACAAUUGCAAGAAGAGUCUUUUGGUGUGAUUCUCUUCUAGACUAUAUUGAAACUGUGGAUUAUGAUGGUCGAAAUAGAUUCCUUGUUUUAAGAGGUCAGCUAGUCCCUUCUCCAUCACGAUUAACAUUAUUUGGAAACAAUAUUUAUUGGUCAGAUGGUACAAAACAGGGUAUUAUGAAAGUUGAAAAAUAUACUGGAGGAGGCCCUGCAAACAUUGACAACAUAUAUAGAAACAGAGAUGUUCGAGAACCUAGAGCAGUGAAGGCUGUGCACAGUUUAGUGCAACCAAAAGUUUCCAGUCCAUGUGCUGCUAACAAUGGAGGAUGUCAACAUAUGUGCAUAGUCACAGCUGGAGAUGGUCUGGGUGUCCUAGCUUAUCGUUGUGCCUGUCAUAUUGGUUGGAGACUUGCCACUGACCAACGCAAUUGCAAUUUGGUAAAUGAGUUCCUAAUGUAUUCCCAACAACGUUUCAUUAAGGGAAAGGUGCUAGAUCCAGUGAUAGAAGGUUUUAGUGAUGCUAUGUUGCCUGUAGUGUCACGAAGAGCUAGAUUUGUAGGAUUAGAUUUUGAUGCUGAAGAUGAAUUUAUUUAUUACUCUGAUGUACUGCAAGAUGUGAUUCAUCGUAUUCAUAGAAACGGAACAGGUCGUGAAAUAGUAUUAGCAUCACAAAAUGAAGGAGUUGAAGGUCUUGCUGUUGACUGGAUGUCAAAGAACUUGUAUUAUAUUGAUAGCCGUAAAGGAACUUUAAAUGUUCUUAGCACUCGCAAUGUAACAAAUCGCAGAACAUUAUUAAAGAAUCUUAAGCGACCAAGGGCCAUUGUUGUCCACCCAAACAAAGGGUAUAUUUUCUUCUCAGAGUGGGAUCGACCAGCUAACAUUAGUCGAGCUCAUACUGAUGGCACUAAUUUAAUGGUAUUUCGUAAUGUUACUCUUGGUUGGCCCAAUGGAUUAUCUGUGGACUUUGACACAGAUCGUCUUUAUUGGUGUGAUGCUUUACUAGAUCAUGUACAGCACUCAAAACUUGAUGGAACAGAUGUAAAGACAGUCAGUUCUCGCUUAAUCAGACAUCCUUUUUCAAUUGUUAUUUAUAAAGAGUUUAUGUACAUAACUGAUUGGCGGUUGGAUGCUAUAAUUAAACUUCACAAACUGACUGGAGAAGUAGAAGAAGUUCUUGUUAGAGAACCUCAAACAAAUAGAUUGUAUGGUGUCAAAGUAUACAGUAAACAAGUUCAAAGCACAGACCAGCAUCAUCCUUGUGCAUUUAAUAAUGGUGGAUGUCAAAAGUUUUGUUUUGCUGUGCCACAGAAUAAUACUCCUGGACUUCAAGUGAAAUGUGGUUGUCCAUAUGGGGAGACUCUUGAUGACUCAAACAAAAUGUGUAAAGCUGAUCCAAAUGCAGAACCUCCUGUGGCUGCAUGUCCUAAUGCUUGGGACUUCACAUGUAACAAUCAGAGAUGUAUACCAAAGGCCUGGGUAUGUGAUGGAGAUGACGAUUGCUUUGACAAUUCUGAUGAAGAACAAAAUUGCACAAUGCAAUCAUUUACAUGUCCACGUUCAGGCCACUGUAUACCUCAGUCAUGGGUAUGUGAUGGUGAUAAUGAUUGUUUUGAUAAUCAAGAUGAAGAAGGAUGUCCUCCAAAAUCUUGUUCCCCAAACCAGUUCAAAUGUGCCGAUUUAAAACAAUGUAUUCAAGAAACUUACAAAUGUGAUGGAAUACCAGAUUGCAAUGAUGGCAGUGAUGAACAAGGAUGUCGUAAAUGUGGAUCUGGUGAAUGGCAGUGUCCUCUGGUAACAAAUCGUUGUGUAAACAUUUCAUCUGUUUGUGAUGGAAAACAAGACUGCCCCAAUGGGGCAGAUGAAGGUCCAGGUUGUAGUUUAGCACAGUGUGACCACCAAGCAGGACUGUGCUCCAAUGAAUGUCAUGAAACACCUCUUGGAGCCAUUUGCACAUGUCCACAUGGAGAAGUUUUAAGUAAAAAUGAUUCCCGCACUUGUGAAGACUUGGACGAAUGUGAUCCUCCAGGACACUGCUCUCAGCAGUGUAUAAAUACCAAAGGAAGCUACUAUUGCCGCUGUGUACCUGGAUAUAUAUUAGAACCUGACAAGCACACAUGCAAAGCAGUCAAUCAUUCAUCUGCAUUCUUGAUCAUUUCAAAUCGACAUUCCAUUUUGAUUGCGGACCUAAAAGAACAGGGUUUGGAACGGGUCCCUAUAAUUGUGGAGAAUGUAGUAGCAACUGCAUCAAACAUGCAUACAGGCACAAUGUUCUGGUCAGAUAUGAAAUUAAAGAAAAUUUCCCGGUUAGAUCGUGGGAGUGAACCUCGUGAAGUUAUAUCAAAUGGAUUGGACCUUGUAGAAGGAUUGGCAUAUGAUUGGAUAGCUGGAAAUCUAUAUUGGUUGGAUUCUCGCCUAAAUACAAUAGAAGUUGCUUCAGAAAAUGGAACAAAUAGAAUGGUGUUACUCAAAGAAAAUAUUACGCAACCAAGAGGAAUGGCUUUGGAUCCCAGUAAGGGAGCACGUUGGCUCUUCUGGACUGACUGGGGAGAAAAUCCGAGAGUGGAACGUGUUGGAAUGGAUGGAAGUAGUCGCAAAACAAUUAUUAGUACCAAAAUCUAUUGGCCCAAUGGUCUCACAUUGGACAUAGCCACUCAGCGAGUUUAUUUUGCUGACUCGAAACUUGACUUCAUUGAUUUCUGUUACUACAAUGGCACAGGUCGCCAGCAAGUCUUAGCAAGCAGCCACUAUUUGCUUCAUCCACAUUCUCUGACAUUGUUUGAAGACACAUUGUAUUGGACUGAUCGACAACUAAAUAGAGUUCUCUCUGCACACAAGUACAAUGGAGUGAAUCAGUCAGUGGUUUCACAUCUUAUUUCACAGCCCCUUAGUAUUCAUGUGCAUCAUCCGUCUCUACAACCAAUGGAAAUUAACCCUUGUGCAAAAGCAACUUGCUCACAACUUUGUCUUCUUUCUCCCACUUCAUCCACUGGUUAUUCUUGCAAGUGUAGACCAGGGUUCCGCAUGUCAGAUGAUGGAAAGUGUUCAGAAGAGGAAACCCCAUUCUUAAUGGUCAUUAAAGGGUCACAAAUUGUCGACGUUAGUCUGACACCAGAGGAUAAAACAAGUGGAUAUUUGACUCCUAUUAUUGGCAUUGACAAGGGUCUACAGAUUGAUUUUGAUAGAAAAACUGAAACUAUCUUUUGGGUACAAGGAAAGGAAGAUGAUGAAGAAAAUUGCACUAUUUUUACUACCCCAUAUGGAGGAGGGAACAAAACAGAGUUUCUCAAUAGUGAGGACUCUGGAAUAGUCGGCGCUCCAUACACAAUAGCUUUUGAUUGGAUUGGUCGAAAUCUGUAUAUAGGUAACCGUCUGGCAUCAAAUUUCGAAGCAGUGAAAGUCGAUGGUAAAAUGAAACUUCGGUCUAUAAUCUUGGCCAAUGAUGCUCGUAAUGUGUCUGUAGCACGUCCCAAGUCAAUGUGUCUUGAUCCAUAUGAUGGAAAGUUGUACUGGGCUGAUGAAGGUGGAUUCGGUGUACCAGCAAAAAUUGGUAAAGUGAAUAUGAAUGGAUCAAAUCCAAUAUUACUUCUAGUUGUUGAGCGACCAGAAGCAAUAACUAUUGAUCUGGAUAAGAAGUUGCUGUAUUUCAGUACUUUGUACCAUACUGCUAUUUACGAGAUGGAUAUAAAUGGACAAAAUAAACGCCAAAUACUGGGUGAAGGAGAUAAUAUUGCCCUUCCCAAAACGCUUGCAGUAAUGGACAGGAAUUUGUACUACAUGGAUCCUAAGUAUGAUAAGAUUGAAAGAGUUGGAUUACCAGGAGGAGAUAAUCCAAAAAUGAUCAUGCAUAAUGAGCCAGACUUAAAAACAUUUACAAUUUUUCGGAAACGAGCAGUCACUGGAAGGCAUCCAUGUCUUGUUCACAAUGGAGGUUGUGCUCAUCUCUGCAUACCUAAUGGUGGAGAAACAAGAGUGUGCAGUUGUUCAGUAGGAUUCAGAAAAGAAGAUGAAGUUACCUGUUCAACAUACAAAACAUUUGCUGUAGUAUCCCAAUUAGAGAUAACUCGUGGAUACAGUUUAAAGGAUUCAUCAGAAGCUAUGGUGCCGAUUACUGGUCCUGGUCAUCACAUAUUCCAUGUUGAUGUACACUAUGCAGCAACUUGGAUUUACUGGGUCGAGUUUAAUCGUGGCAUGUGGAAUGGAAUCUAUCGAAUUCGGCCCAAUGGCACAGAUCUUCAACCUAUCAUCAAAGACGGAAUUGGAUCAAAUGGAAUUCGUGGUUUAGCUAUUGAUUGGAUUGCAGGAAAUUUAUACUUCACUAAUGUCUUCCCCCAUGAAAAUUACUUGGAGGUUUGUUGGAUUGAUGGAUCCAAUCGUAAAGUCCUUGUGAAGACCACAACUGAUGCUCCUCGAGAGUUGGCUGUAAAUCCCAUUAAAAGGUUAUUAUAUUGGAUUGAUUAUGGACAGUAUCCAAGAAUAGGCAAGGCUUUCUUGGAUGGAUCCAAUUGGACUUCAAUUGUGACAACUGGAAUCAGCAACCCAAGAGAUAUAACUGUAGAUAUGCAGACUCAUAAUGUGUAUUGGGUGGAUUCAAAACUUGAUAUGAUUCAAAAGGUUUCUUACAACGGAGGCAAUCGAGCAGUAAUACGAAGAAAUUUGCCCAAUCCAAUGGGUAUAGCAGUCAAUAGAGGAGAUGUGUAUUGGGUGGACCGAAAUCUGAAUACAGUGUUCAAAGCUUCCAAAUUACCAGGAAAUAUCUCUGCACCUACACCUGUACGAACAAAUUUACCCAACCUGCGGGACAUUGCAAUUUUUGAUGUUGCAAGUCAGCCAACUGAUGAAUCAAAUCCAUGUCUUCGCCUGGGAAAUGGUGGUUGUGAUCAAUUAUGUUUCUCUUUUCCGACAUCGGGAGACUUUGGAUUUCCAAGAUCUAAGUGUGACUGUGCUACUGGUCAGCCCUCUGGAGACAGAGGACAAAAAUGUACAAAUGUUGAUGAAUACUUGGUAUUCUCAACCAGAACAGAAAUUCGCAGUAUCAACCUGGAUCCACAGUCUACCACAGUACCUUUCCAACCUGUGAAUAACUUAACAAAUGUUGUCGGUGUUGAUUUUGAUUAUGCUGAUCGGAGGUUACUCUUCACUCAAAUUCGUCCAUGGGCAAAAAUUGCUUGGAUCUCCAGUGUGCAGACUACUGGUGAAAUACAUAACAUUAUUAACCGAGGAAUAAAUCCAGAAGGCAUAGCUUAUGACUGGACUCAAAAGAAAGUGUAUUGGACAGACUCCUCAAAUAACAGUAUUUAUGCCAUGAACAUGGAUGGUUCUGAUUUGGUGAUGAUUGCAAGAGUAGAGCGCCCACGAGCUAUAGUAGUUGAUCCUUGCAAUGGAUCAUUGUACUACACUGACUGGGGACGCUUUGGUACAUCAGGCAAGAUCUUCCGAACCACUAUGGCUGGUUCACUGAAGAGGGCAAUUAUUGAUAAAGAUUUAUCGCAACCAAGUGGUCUGGCAAUUGACUAUGAGGAUCGUAUGUUAUACUGGACUGAUGCUGUAAGGGAGAAAAUAGAAAGGUCAACUCUUAAUGGCACAAAUAGAGAGGUUUUGAUUGCUGCAACUAUUUAUCCUUUUGCAAUAACUGUACAUGGAAAUUUUAUGUACUGGACCGAUCUUCAAUUGAGAGGUGUAUACCGAGCUGAGAAGCAUACUGGUGCCAACAUGGUAGAAAUGGUAAAACGUUUAGAAGAUUCACCUCGAGAUAUUCAUGUGUUCUCAGCUUCCCGACAGGCAUGUACUGUGAAUGCUUGCCACAUCAACAAUGGUGGUUGUCAACAAUCAUGUCAUCCAGGACCUAAUAAAACAGCAGAGUGCAAGUGUGAUGACAAGAGCAAACUAGUCAAUGAGAAUAGAAUGUGUGUCCCCAAAAACAUCACUUGCGAUCAAAGUAAAUUUGCCUGCCGCAACGGAAAAUGUAUUUCACGUAUGUGGGCUUGUGAUGGCGAUGAUGACUGCGGUGACAAUAGUGAUGAAGACACUAAUUAUUGCACAUAUCAUUCAUGCAGUCCAAAUGAGUUCCGAUGUGCAAAUGGACGCUGCAUCUUUCGAUCUUGGAAGUGUGAUCAUGAAAAUGAUUGUCGUGAUGGGUCUGAUGAACUUGAUUGUAAUUAUCCUGAUUGUCUCGAAGGAGAGUUCACUUGUGCUAAUCAUCGAUGUAUACCGAAGUCACAGGUAUGCAAUGGUGUUAAUGACUGUAAGGACAACGUCACGUCUGAUGAAACCCAUGACAGAUGUCCCCGCAACACAACAUGUCCUGUUCAUCACUUGAAGUGUGAAAAAACUAACAUAUGUGUGGAACCAUAUUGGCUCUGUGAUGGAGAUAAUGAUUGUGGAGAUAACAGUGAUGAGGAUGCUUUGCAUUGUGCCCAAAGAUCAUGUCCUCAAAAUAGUUUCAGGUACAUACAGUAUGAUCGUAAAUGUGAUGAAGAAACAGAAUUCACCUGCGAAGAAAAUAAACGAUGGAGUCGAGCGCAAUGUAUACCUAAAAAAUGGCUGUGUGAUGGUGAUCCUGACUGUGUCGAUGGAGCUGAUGAAAAUUCUACCCUUCAUCAUUGUCCAAGCCCCACUCCCUAAAAAGGAGAGAAACAAUGCCCAGAUGGUCAAUUUAAGUGCAAUAAUGGAGCCUGCAUUGACAUGCAGUUAGUAUGCAACAAAGUCUCAGACUGCAGUGAUGACAGUGAUGAACCUUUGCAUUGUAAUGUUGAUGAAUGUGCCAAAGUUGAAGUUCAUCAAUGUGGUCACAAAUGUGUUGAUACACUCACAGGAUAUUAUUGUGAAUGCAAUCAGGGUUACAAAUUACUUGAAGAUAAAAAGGCUUGCAGAGACAUUGAUGAAUGUAUUGAAACACCAGGAGUAUGCUCUCAGUAUUGUUCAAACACCCCAGGAUCUUAUUAUUGCAAAUGUAAUGAUGCAUUCUAUGAGAGAGCAACAGAUGAGCACACCUGCAAAAGACGAGAUAACCUCACUGCAUGGCUGGUAUUCACCAAUAAAUAUUACAUAAGAAACAUGUCUUUGGAUGCUACACAGUAUGCCCUUAUGCACCAGGAUCUUGUGAAUGUAGUAGCACUUGAUUUUGACAUCAAGGAAGAAAUGAUUUAUUUCUGUGAUGUCAGUGCAAAAACAAUUUUCAGAUCUCGCAUUGAUGGACCUACAUCUGGACCUGGAGCCAAAGAACCUGUAAUUCGGCAUGACAGUCACGGUUUAGAAGGGAUUGCUGUUGACUGGGUUGGUAGAAAAUUGUAUUGGCUGGAUCGUCAUAGUAAACAUUUAGAAGUUGCUGAACUAAAUGGAACAAAUAGAAAGACACUCAAAGCUGGAAUUCCUGAUCCAAGGGCAAUAGUUGUUCAUCCUGGAACCGGUUAUUUGUAUUUUACAAGCUGGCAUUUGCAGGCUUACAUUGGCAAAAUUGGCAUGGAUGGCACCAACUUCACUCGCUUGCUGAAAUGGGAAGAUGACAUAGCUUGGCCAAAUGCCAUCACUAUUGAUUAUUUCACAAACAGAUUGUAUUGGGCAGAUGCACAUCUUGACUACAUUGCAUCAACUGAUCUCGAGGGAAGACAUCGCCACAUCGUAUUAUCUGGAUCUAAAGUGCCUCAUGUUUUUGCACUCACGUUAUUUGAUGAUGAACUCUUCUGGACCGAUUGGAACCUAAAAGCUAUUAACAAAGCACACAAGUUCACUGGAAAAGACAUGACCAUCCUACGGAAUACAACUCAUCGACCAUAUGAUUUACAUGUGUAUCAUCCUCUCAGACAACUCCCUUAUCACAAUCCAUGUGGUACUGAUAAUGGAGGUUGUUCUCAUCUGUGCCUAAUAUCUCCUCCAGCCACAAAUAGCCCAGUUCUUGAAGGAUAUAGUGACAUUGAGUUGACUGUUAAUUACACAUGUGCCUGCCCCAACCAAUUUUAUCUUUCAUCUGACAACAAAACUUGUAUUGCAAACUGUACUGAUGGACAACAUCGUUGUGGAGGCAAAGAUGAUAAAUGUAUACCAUGGUUCUGGAAGUGUGAUGGUGAGAAAGAUUGCAGAGAUGGAACAGAUGAACCAUCCAGUUGUCCAAAGAGAGUAUGUCGUCCAGGCUCUUUCCAAUGUGCAAAUUCUAAUUGUACACCUUCAGCUACGAUCUGUGAUGGUGAAGAUAAUUGUGGUGAUGGUUCCGAUGAGAAGAAUUGUCAUUUGACCUGUGGCGAAUUAGAAUUCAAAUGCCAAUCUGUAGGAAGAUGCGUUUUGCAAGCAUGGAAAUGUGAUGGUGAUGCGGAUUGUAAAGAUGGAAGUGAUGAAGAUCCUGCUAUAUGCCACAAUAGAGCAUGUGAUCCUGAGACUGAAUAUACUUGCAGAAAUGGUCGUUGUAUUCCCCAGCUGUGGGUUUGUGAUUUCGAUAAUGAUUGUGGUGAUGAUUCUGAUGAACCAGCUUACAUGUGCAGGCAAAGAAAUUGUACAAAAGGAUGGCAACGAUGCCCUGGCCAUGCUAACUAUCGGUGCAUUCCAAAGUGGCUUUUCUGUGAUGGUAAAGAUGACUGCCGUGAUGGAAGUGAUGAAUUGGCUGAAAAUUGCCCCAAAUGUCAUGACACUGGAGACUUCCGGUGCAACAAUAACCGAUGCAUUCCAAAGUAUAAUGGCACUUUCCAGUGCCGAAGUGGUCACUGUAUAGCUUCCUACUUCCGUUGUGAUGGUGGUCGUGAUUGUCAUGACAUGAGUGAUGAAAUGAAUUGUCCUCCCAGAUACCCUGAUCAUGUAAAAACUUGUUCAGAUACUGACAAAGGAGGUUGUCAACACAGUUGCAUGAAUGUGACUGGAGGUUAUUUGUGCAAGUGUUUCAGUGGCUACAUAACUUCCUCUGACAAUAGAAAGAAGUGCAUUGAUGUAGAUGAAUGCCAAAGUGGAACACAUCAUUGUUCUCAAAUCUGCACAAAUUUGAAUGGAACUUAUGAAUGCAGCUGCAUGGAUGGAUUUACAUUGUCUGAUCAACAAAGUGGUGUUUGCAAGGCUGAUGAAGAAGAGAUCAGUUUAAUAUUUGCCAAUGGGCCAGAAAUUCGAUAUUAUGAAUUGGCUGCUCGUCAUGAAACUGAAGUUAUAUCUGAUGAGCGUAGAAUCGAAGCCCUUGACUAUGACCCUCACAAUGAGAUAGUGUUUUGGGCAGAUUCAUACAACAAAACAAUCAAGAGAUCAUAUAUGCUUAAUGCUCAUAAUGGAGAUGUGAAAGCUGGUUAUGCCCAAGAUUUGAAUAUUAAAGGCAACUCAAAACCAACGAGUAUUGCUGUGGAUUGGACAUCACAAAAUAUAUAUUGGACUGAAACUGAUAGAUCAGGAAGUAAACCAAGAGGAAAAGUAAUGGUAGCAAAAAGUGAUGGGCGAUACCGUCGCUCUCUUAUUUCAUCUACUUUAGAAUCACCAACAUCUGUAGCCCUUGAUCCAGAAUAUGGCCUAAUGUAUUGGGCGGAUGCUGGAGUUGCUCCCAAAAUUGAAAUGGCUUGGAUGGAUGGAAGCAAAAGACGUCAACUUGUAACUGAUGCUAUACGCCAUCCCACUGGCCUUACAAUUGAUUAUGCCAUGGAACAUACUCUUUAUUGGGCAGAUGCCAAAUUAAACACUAUAGAAAAAAUAAGGCCAGAUGGUUCUGGAAGACAUGUUAUUUUGAAAGGAUCAUUUUUACACCAUCCAAUUUCUCUAGAUGUGUUUGAAAGCAGUUUGUUUUGGAUAACUAGAGAUACAGGAGAGCUAAUUCGUCAUGAUAAAUUUGGCCGAGGGGUUCCUGUUACAAUAGCAAAAGAAUUAGUCAAUCCUUCUGGUGUUAAAGUGUACCACAAGCUUCGAUACAACACUACCUUACCAGACCCAUGCUAUGAUAAUCGUUGUUCACAUCUGUGUGUUGCAAUUCCUGGAGGAGAACGUUGUUUAUGUCCUGAUAAUUCAGUAUCACGAGGUGGUUCUGAAAUGGCAUGUGAUGCACCUGUGGAAAGAGAACGCCCAGAGCCAAGAGUGUGCAUGUGUCAAAAUGGAGGCAUGUGUCAAGAAUCUGAUACAAGUAAUGAGUUGGAAUGUUUGUGCCCGCCAGACUUCCUUGGCACAUUCUGUGAAACACAUGCUCAAAGAUCAUGGGCUCCUGGUUCAACAGCAAACACUGCUGCAAUUGUUGUUCCUAUAGUUGUCAUCCUUUUGAUCAUCUUGGCCGCUGGCUUGGUUUACUUUGUAUGGCGGAAACGACCAUUCAAAGGAACAGGACUUGGUUUAUCAAACUCCCAGAGUGUCUCCUUCAGGCAAGGCACAAAUGUGGAAUUUGGUGCUGCAGCUUUUGCAGCCAAUGGUCCUCAGCCAAGGGCAGAGCCCAUGGAUGUGGAGUAUACUAUGGGUGAUAUAGGUACAAAAAAUCGAGACUUCAGUAACCCAAUGUAUGAUGCACUGGGGAACAUGGAAGGGGGAGCUCCAACAGGAAAUGGAGGAAGUGGUGGAGGAAUUUAUGAGGUACCUGCAGAUGUAACAAAAAUGAAAGUUGGCAGUAAUGGUGAGGUGGAAACGUUACCACAUCCAGAGCCUGCAUCAGCUAUUCUUGCUCCUUCAAGUGUCAUACAGCGCUCAUCACCACAAAUUCAUAUUCGACACAGAGAAUUAGAUCCCAGCUCGACUGAUACCGGCAAAGACACACAAAAAUUAGUUGAGGAAGAUAAGUCAGAGUGUUGAGGUUAUAUUACAUUAUGUUAAUUCAUGUGUGUAACUUCUGAAGUUUAUUUUAUUUGAAAAUAAACGAGAGAGCUAUAUUCUAAAACAGUUGUUGUCAGGUGAGACAACAGUGAUUACAAGCAGGACAUUUUCUCAUGAAAAAUUACUUUAAAAUACUGCAAACUACUCCAACAGUGAUAACUUGUAAUGUUAAAAGACCUCAUAUUAUGACAUGUGGCAAUAAGUUGCACUAUAUCUCACUGUUUGAGAAAUGGUGAACUGAAUGGUGUUGAUCUGUGAGGUUGUUGAUUUUUAUGCUGGUCACAAGUAUUAUCACAGAUAAUAUAUAUUUGCAUCUUCAAAUGAUACUUGUACAGAGUUGAUGUAAAACAUGCAUUAAGGGGCUGCCUUGGUUUAGGUAUGUUUAUUAUGUGAACAGACAUGCCUAAACCACUCUGAGUAUGAUGAGAAAAUCAAUUGUAAAGUGUGUAUGAAAGAGAUUACAAGUUUGUAUGUGUGUGUGUUUGUAAAACUUUUGUACAGGAGAUUGUAUGAAGAUUUUAUUCUAUAAGAUGUGUCAAAUGGAGGAGUGGGAAUGCUGAACUAAAGCAUCCCUGUGUUUGAUCACUCAUGUUCGUUAAACUACUUAUUGGUAACCUGCAAUAGAAAUACAGAACUGUACUCCACAUUGAAAGAAAUGAUAUAAUGCAAUUCAAAGUGUAACUUGAGUGAAAUGAUUCACAAUAUUGUUAAAAUGUUUUAGGUAAGUUGUUGAAAUUUUUAAUGAAUUUUGUAAUAAACUUUAUUAUGUUACACUCGCAUGCUCCUCAUUUGAACAGUGUACUAUAUAGAGAAAAUGUUUGUAUGCAUGGGUGACAAAUCACGUUUUUUCAAAAAGUGUGUCUAUCAUGAUGGAAAAUAUCCUGAAACAUCUUAAGAAAGGAAGAAUCAGCCUUAUUAAAGAAAUUCAAGAGAUAGUUAUUUUUAUAUCACUCAUGGUGAAAGCUCACUCAUCAGGUGUGGUUGUUACAGGGAUGCUAAAGCAACUAAUGAUAUCUUCCAUAAAAUAGAGAAUAUAAAAGUGUAAAUAUUUUUAAAAAAUAAAAUUGUAAAGUAGUGUAGGUAUAAAGCUGUUUGACAAAAACACAUUUCAUUGUCAAUUGUUUCCUUAGAGUUCCAUAAGGCAACAGUGAGGUAACAUAGCAUGUCUCAGAAUAAAUAUUAUAAAUAUACAGGGCUUAUACAGAACAGUAAAAAAUGACAACUUGUUGCCAAUGAACAUGUAAUGGGAAAUUUCAAACAGCAGAAUUACAAAUGUUACUUUUGAUCUGGAUUGUUAGGCAACAUCAUAUGUAUUGAUGUUCGAGAGUUACAUAAAAUCUCCUUGACUGCAACAGAAUGUGACCUGGUGAACACUAGUGCAUAAGAAGUUGCCUUAUGAUCAGGAGUGAAUGUUAAAUCUGUAAUUCUGUUUUAUGAAAUUUCCUACUACAUGUUCAUUGGCAAAUAAUGAUGGUUUUCAACCUCUCUAAAAGUGCUUGAACUUUGUAACUUUUAUUCUGAUACAUUCUGUAUUAUGGUAUCAAAAAUUAUUUCAUACCAAGCUUUCUUGGGACCAUCUGACAUAGUAUUUUUCUUCACUUUAAAAUUUGUUUGUGUAAGAAAAGAAAAUGUACUUGCCCAAAUUCUUUAGUAUCUCAUCAAAUCACAAACUAAGUUUUUAUUUUUGUCAUUGUUAUUAUUAUUUAUUUAGCUUAAUCUUAUUUUACUGAAAUCUUAAUCUGUUUUCUUUUAUUCCCACCUGUGAGUUGCUGGCUUGCGACUUUUGAGGAAAUAAAACACUAUAUUCCUCUUUGUGAAAUAUCUACACAAGACCGUCCAAACAAAUCUCUUUCACAUUCCAUUGUAAAAAUACUAGUAUAAAUGCAUGUUUAAUUCAUAUGAUGUGACUGUGUUGUGUGAUAACUUUUCUAAAGAGAGUGAGAAAAGAACUUUGUUUUGAAAGUGCAUUCAAAAUAUUGUAUAGAAACCUUGUGAGGAAAAACAAACAAUAUCACUUUCUGUCAAUAUUUUCUGCAGGUCAGAGGCCAAAUUAAGAAUCCAAAACUAUAAAUUAUGAAGAAUAUAACUACUAAUAAAAAUAUAUAACAAACUCACUCAGAUGCCAUUUAUAAGGUCAACAACUGUUCAAUGUACUUACAGUUAACCAAACAAUUUUAUAGAAGUCCUGCAGCCAGAAUAAAUUACUCAAUGUACAGACUUUUUACCUUGUAUUAGGGAACCAGAAAAUGAGUUUUUCAGUAAAGUGGACCCAUCGGGUUAUGUUAUUUUUUGAAUUUCCGCAAAGUUAAUGUAGAUCAUUCCAUAUUUUCCAUUUCAUGAAGACAGUGAAAUCUCAUUCAAAGCCAGAAGAUUCAGAUGUAGUUUAUAUCAAUAUAAUUAGUCUGAUUUUGUACACUCUUGGAAAAAAUGAGAAUUCACUGUAUCCCUCUACUUCAUCUUAAUGUAGGAAUCCUUAAAAUUAUCAGUUUUUACAUUCACAUAUAUUUAUUGUGGUAUAAUUUAAAACUCUUCUUUAAUUCUUAUUCCUUAUUAUCUUGUUUUCCAUAUCAACUCAUCUUAAAUUUGAUAUUUAAAUAAAUGGAAUUGUGAGGCAUAGAAGUUGAUAGCUCUACAGUCUUGAAGGUUUCUCGAAACUUGAGAUAUUUUAAAACAUAUUAAAUGAAUGUUGUAUAUCUAAAGUCGUAAAAUAAGGUAAAAUUGCAUAUUGUUAUGGUACACAAAGCAUUGAUUGCUAAUUCCAAUUUCCCUCAAGAUAUAAAAUUUAUCAAGUAUUACAAGAAUUUCAGCAAUAAAAAAGCGAAAGAAUGUGUAAAUGUGGAGGUAUAAAUUUUCAUUUAUGUACACAGGUACUUAGUCAUAGGCAAUUUAAAACGGCUGAAACUAAUAGUUAUUUGUGG